UAUUACUAUUGUAGAUAUUUGCUGUAAUGCUAUAACAAAAAUUAAUUAUAUUAAAGAAACUUCUCAUGCCUGCUUGCAGCAAAAAAAAAUUCUUAAUUUUAUAUGGUUCACAAACUGGACAAGCAGAAGCAAUCUCUGAAGAGAUUUUCGACCAAGCACACAAACAAGGUUUUAAUCCAUCACGAUUUUGCUUAAGUCAAGUUGAAAAAAAGUUCUCUAUUGAAAAGACGAGUUGCGUUGUGUUUGUAUGUUCAACAACUGGUGAAGGUGAACCUCCCGAUACAGCUCUAAAAUUUUUCCGAAGAAUUAAAAAGAAAACUUUAUCAUCAAGGUUUUUGUCAAAUUUGACCUAUGCCUUUUUAGCCCUUGGAGACAGCAACUACACAAAUUUCUGUGCUUGUGGCAAAGGUAUUGAUCAGCGCUUGAAAGAUUUAGGAGCCUCGCAUUUUUAUGACACUGGUUAUGCUGAUGAUGCAGUGGGGCUUGAAGUUGUUGUAGAGCCUUGGAUUAAAGGACUAUUUCCAGCAUUAAAAUCUCAUUUAAAUGGGUCUGUAGCAAAGGUAAAAGCAGAUGCAGCAGAUGAACAAAAAUUGUCCUUGGAAAAUACUAACAAUAAUCGGAAUAAUAAAUUGACCAACGUUUCUGUUAUGGUUGAUGAAAAAAAAGAAACGCAUGAAGUAAAUUGUAACACAGAAGCUUCACUUAGAUAUUCAAUUUCACCCUUAUGCUCCUCAGCCUUAAAAAUACCUUCAUCACCAGAUGCGUUUUUAAAGAUUGUGCAAAAUGAUUCAAAAGGAGAUAGAAGUUUCAAUGUGCAUCCAAGUUCUGCAAGUGUUGUCAAGGAAGUUACUAUAAAUAAUGCAAGAUACUUAACAUCAGAUGAUUUGGUUAAAACAACCAUGGAGAUUGAACUGGAUAUUGCGAACACACUAUUUACUUAUCAACCUGGAGAUUCUUUCGGAAUUUUAUGUGAAAAUAAAAAGGAGCAUGUAGAUUAUUUACUACAAAGAUUACAAAGUGAAGAUACUUCAGAUAAUAUUAUAUCAUUUGAAAUAUUACAUGAUACAAAGAAAAAAGCACCUAAAAUUCCUAGUCACCUACACUAUCCAAGUACACUGAGAGAAGUUCUGACAAAGGAUGUUGAUUUCUGUGCUGUGCCUAGAAAGGCUUUUCUUCGCAUGCUUGUUGAUUACACUGAGGAUGAAUCCGAGAGAAGAAGAUUACAGGAAUUAUGCAGCACACAAGGUAGCAAGGACUAUAGUUUGUUUAUUCGUGAACAGCUCAUUGGAUUGGUUGAAUUAUUGAAAACCUUUAAAAGCUGCCAUCCACCGAUAGAAAGAGUGUUAGAAUUGCUUUCUGGUUUGCUUCCAAGAGAGUAUUCAGUGGCUUGCUCGCCACACUUAUAUCCAAACAGUUUGAAGUUUGUGUUUAACAUCAUUAAACAUCCAGAAUUCCAAGGACAGAAAAGGUAUGGACUGUGUACGAGUUGGUUGCAGAAGAAAUGCGAAGUAUUUACCACAACUACUUCUGCUAUGGAUGAAAAAUUAAAGCAAUUAACGCUGAGUAAACCAAAGAUAAGCAUGUACAUGCGAUGUCCAAACAAUUUCCGCUUUCCUCAAGAUGCCAGCCGUCCAUUAAUAAUGAUUGGUCCGGGAACUGGUAUUGCACCCUACCUUGGUUUCCUACAACACAGGGAUUACAUCAAGAAUGAAAUUAAAGGCCAGUUAGGUGAAUCAAUACUGUUCUUUGGUUGCCGUUACCGCGAAAAGGAUUUUCUGUACAGGCAUGAAUUGGACGCGUAUUUAAAGUCUGGUGUUCUCUCAAAUUUGUUUACAUCGUUUUCAAGAGACACAACAGUGGAUUUGAACCAAACACAUUAUGUUCAAGAAAAUAUGAAAAAGCAUAAAGAAAUAGUACUACGUCUUGUAUUCAAAGAAAAAGGAGCUGUUUACAUAUGUGGUGAUGCAAAGCAUAUGGGUCGUGAUGUUACUAAUACUUUUAUUGAACUGAUUGAAGAAUACAAACAAAUAUCAAAAAUUGAUGCAAUAAAAGUUUUGGCAGAAUUAAGAAAUGAAAAACAAUUUUUAGAAGAUGUUUGGACAUAGCAUUUCAAAAAACAGCUUUUUAUUGUUCUAAUAACUAUAUAAAAUAACUUGUUGUUUUUAUGUGGAGAAUAUAUUUUAUAUUAAAAAAAAUAUAUUAUCAAGUCACCAUUGCAUGAGGUCACAAUUUUAGAAAAUAAUCAAUCUUUUUACUACCACAACAUUACUGUCAGUUAUCUCUUCGUUAUUAUAAAAUUAUAUAAAAUGUCUCUUGUUUUCUACUUUAGGGUUUUUUGAAAAUUAUGAUAAAAUGCACUUGUAAUUAUCAUCAGGUAUUAAACUAUGAAUUGUGUGUCAAGAAAACAUCGAGUUGUGUAACUCCUCCAACAUUUCUUCUCUUUCCUUUUCUUUUUCUUUUAAACGUCGUUUUUCUUCGUAUUCCAUGUCAUCUGUUGGAUAUUCGUGUCUACACAUAGGACAUGUGUUUGUUUGUCCUAACCAUGGUAAAAUGCAAUCAGCGUGAAAAUAAUGAUUGCACUUUGGAAGCUCUUUAACAAGUUGUUUCCUUGAAAAAGGACCUAAGCAAAUAGAGCAUUUUUCGAGUUCUUUAGACACGCUACUUAAAUUAGAAAUAAAAUCUUUUGAUGCAG